UCCAUAAGAGAGCAGAUGUGUGCAGAGGAUGCCAACGUAGUCAUCAUCAUAGCAUCACCAUGUGCUUAGCUAGCAAGAUUGGGUUUUUUUUCUAGCUUUAAUAAUGCAUUGGAAGGACGUAUCCGUACGCUGAAUUCUGUAGGUAAGAUUUCAAGAGCAGUUCAGCCCUCAGGGUGAGUUUGAAGAGGAGUGGUCAGUUACCCAGAAUUCCACAGGAAGACAUUCCUGACCCCCAUGACCAUGGCUCCUCACCCUGUGGUGCAGGCUGUGAUCGACCUCUCUGCAGGAGCCAUAGGAGGCACAGCCUGCGUGUUCAGCGGUCAGCCCUUGGACACCGCAAAGGUGAAAAUGCAGACCUUUCCCUCGCUGUACAGGGGUUUCGUGCACUGCUUCCUGGCCACGUACAGGCAGGACGGGCUGCGGGGUCUGUACCAGGGCACCACACCAGCUCUAAUGGCCAACAUUGCUGAAAACUCUGUGCUGUUCAUGAGCUACGGCUUCUGCCAGGAGGUGGUGCGCAUGCUGUCUGGGGCCCCUGGUGGGGCUGCACUCAGUGACAUGCAAAAGGCGUGUGCAGGGUCAGUGGCAUCCAUCUUCUCUUCACUGGUGCUGUGCCCCACAGAGUUGGUCAAGUGCCGUCUACAGGCCAUGCACGAGAUGGAGGCAUCAGGCAAGAUUACGACUGGGCAGAAGAAUACGCUGUGGUCAGUGAUGCGGUCGGUGCUGCGGAACGAGGGACCGCUGGGUUUCUUCCAGGGUCUCACCACCACCAUUGCCCGGGAGGUGCCUGGGUACUUCUGCUUCUUCGGGGCCUAUGAGCUCAGCCGUUCUGCCUUCGCAGAGUACAUGGGCAAGAGCAAGGAUGACAUAGGUACUGUGCCCACCGUCUCUGCUGUUUCCGAUUGCCAGCAUCAAGGGCACUCACGCUUCCAGUGUGGUCCCGAUUAUGUUCAGCGGAGGGUUUGGGGGCGCAUGCCUCUGGCUGGUGGUGUACCCCAUGGACUGCGUCAAGUCCCGAAUCCAGGUCCUGUCCAUGACAGGACGGCAGGCCGGCUUCUUCAAGACUUUCAUGGGCGUCAUGCGGACGGAAGGUGUGAAAGUGCUCUACUCGGGUCUUACCCCCACCAUGAUCCGGACGUUCCCGGCCAAUGGCGCGCUCUUCCUGGCCUACGAGGCCAGCCGCAAGAUGAUGAUGCAACAGUUUGACAGCUGACCUGUGCCCACACUUCAUCCUUCUCCCCCUCCCCACCGGCCCAGGACAAACAUUCAGGACCACACUUUUAGCUAAUUUAUCAUCCUUUUGUAUUUUUGAUUUAUUUGUGGACAUUUGUUCCUGGAUUUAGGAGUCUGGGUCCAUCUUACUCCUCUAGGUUAAAAUGAAUCAGAGAUUCAUUUCAACUGAUCUGCCUUGCUGCAUGCAAGGUUUAUAGUCUGAAUAUUGUGUAUUCUGUAUGGGUAGAAUUAUAGAUCCAGUAUUUUUAGUCUCCAAUAUACUGCAACUCUAUUAAAAUUGGGGCUGUUUUAGUGAUGUUAACCGCCAAAUGUUUAGUUUCAUGGUUUUAACCAGCCACAACCAUUUCUCAACUUUAAGUAGACAGUUUGUGCAAUAUUGCUGUUGUGUAUUUUCAGUCUUACCCUUCUGCAACACUAAAACAUGAGUUAAUUCUCCUCCAAUCCAAUGCAGUAGUUAUGAUCAAAUAAAAAUUUGGGAAGAGGCUGGCA